AUGCUCUGCUAUCUAUGGUUACAGCGCCCAAACAAUGAAGAACUAUAUGGAUGGGAUGUCUAUAAUGCUGGAGCAGAGCCACCCAUGGUCAUCGACGAUGCUGUUGCUGAAGACCCAGAAGCUGCCAGAGCGGAACGGGAGUUAUGGCUUUACCUGCCCUUUACAGAUCAAGAAUUAACGGAUACCACGCUGUCUAGCGAGGAGGUCGUAAGGAUGGUAGAACGCGGCUAUCCCGCUCUUGCAACCAGUGCCAUGGCAGAUUUCUACCAGUCAGCUCGUGAGCACCUGUCUACAUCGCCGCCGCUCACCAUCUCAGUGCGCGAGGAGUAUCCGACGACAUGGCCAACUACAAACACAGCAAUGGAUGGCUACUGGGGCCAAGCUACCGAUGCGGAGAAAGCUCUUCACCCUCCUGACCACCAGGAGGAGGGUGACUCGCAGAAGGACCGCCGCAAGAGACCUAGGAAGCAGCGUCUUGUUAGAAACCACCAGCCUCUUAAGGUCCAGACGGCUGCCCAGAAGACAUUAUCGGGGGAGCAGGACGAACUCGACGUGAAUGCUUUCCACCAAUCAGACUUCGAAGACGAGACCGAUCCGCAGACCAUCGGCGCUGAGCGACUUGCAUGGUCAUCUGUUCACGUCCCCUUAUCCGACGAUGCCUUGUUUGACAUCACCCUGGCUGGCGACGAUGUUGUGCGCAUGUUCGAAACCGCCUUCCCUGUACUCUCAAUAUCCAACCAAAGAAUAAGAAUCUUUUGGGACUCGGAAGCUAGUCCCUGGGGGGACAGCUCCAUGUCCCUUCUUCGCCAACUGCCAGCCGACGUCCGCGAGUUCUGGGACUUUGCUGCCUACGUCUUUAUUCGUCUGUCGAACUCCAAAGUUGCCCUGAUUGUCGGGAACGUGGCAAUCCGUUCGUACACUUUGUAUCUCAAGUCGAUGGCCAUCCCGCAUACUACUGUCUGGGCGUUCGGGGAAAGGCGGUACGCUUCUGGAAUGCCACUAGCCUGGCUAGAGACAUCGGCCAACGGUCGUGUCAUCCAUCGCAUCAGUUUCGCCAUCAACCAUCCAGAAGCCUUCAACCGGAAUCGUGGGUCGAUAGUUACUGACAUACAACGGAGGUACGCUUUCAGGGAGAGAAUCAUCGAUUUUUGCCAAGCUAAGCUGUUCGGACACAUUCAUCUGCCCGGCCUUUUGUCGACUACUUCCUACGUCUUUCAGUUAUCAACCGGCAGCAUACUUCCAGUGAAAGCUCUCUUCGAACACAAGAAAGGGAACGACACGAUUAAGGACCAUUUCAGCCGGCCAACCCUCGACACUGGCUCCUUGGAUAAAACCAUGGAGAGGAUUACUGGCCUCAGUGUCGAACAGCAGUUGGCUAUCAAGGCCAUCCGGAAAUCAGUGAACGUAAAGCCGGCUGAUGCGCUAAGCUAUUGGAAUCGCGCCGAUAUCAAGCUUAAGUAUGCCGGAUACAUUGUGACCUACGUUCUGUUGACCACUACGUGGCGGAACCAAAAGGCGUCAACGGUGUCGAGGACCAGAGCGACUGCUGACCAGCAACCACCGGAGAUACAGGAGAAAAGAAGGCUUCGGCACAACGCUCGGCAGGUCUCGCGUGCGUCCUAA